UAAAAAUAGCCAGCUGGAACCAACGCCCCAGUCUCAACAAAGGGGAGAGCCAACAUGGCGGACCGGAGGAGGAGACGCAAGCCGCUGGGCCCCGACGAGGACUCGGAGGGCGGCUCGGACGCGUCGGAGGAGGAGCAGAAUGGUGUCCGCAAGGCACAGGCGGCGGUGUCUCAGCCCCUCCAGCAGACAGCAGUAAGCCCAGCAGACCUGCCGCUCAGCCCACAGGGCAGCGAAGGAGGUGAGAGCGAGUACGAGAGUGCCGAUGAGGAGGAGCUGGUGGAGGAGGAAGAGGAGGAGGAGGAAGAGGAAGACAUUAUCAUCAACACAGAUGGAGUGAAUGAUGACAAGGACAAGCAGCUGGAUGAUGACGAGGACCGCAAGAACCCUCAGUACAUCCCCAAGAAGGGCACUUUUUACGAGCACGAUGACAGGACGGCCGCAGCGGGGGAGGAGGAGGAGGUGAAGGAGGCGCCAGAGGAGCCCACCCCCAAAAAGGAGGUAGCCAAGAAGAAGGUCUGGAAGGAGGACGACCGCUGGAACCACGACCGCUUUAACGAGUUCGACCAGUCCCCCAAGAGCCGUGAGGAGCUCAUCGCGGUCUACGGGUACGACAUACGCAACGAAGAGGGGCCGCCCAGGGCACGCAGGAGGAGGCGAUAUGGCCGCGGGCCAAACAAAUACACACGCAACUGGGAGGACCUCGACGCCUAUGCCAAGCCAACACGCGGGGGGCCGGGCGGCACGCCUCGGGGUGGUGGAAGGGGCGGCCCGCGCUCCCUUGCUGGAAGCCGCAGGACCCUAGACAGUGAGGAAGAGUUCCCUGCCCUCAGCCCCGCCCAUGGACAGCCUCGGCCACCCCAUAAGGAGAGCUUGGAAAAUUUCUCCCCUCGCUCCGAUCUUCCCGAACAUCAACAACAUCAACAACAACAACAACAACAACAACAACAACAGCAGCAGCAGCAGCAGAGUAGGCCUAUUGUUGAUGCCCCACAGAGAGGCGACAGCAGUGGUGGUGGUGGUGGUGAUGUACCCUCCCCCAAAACACCUCAGCAGCAGCAGCACCAUCAACACCAGCCCUCACCACCUCAGAAACACCACCAACAGCAGCACCUCCACUCACCUCCGCCCCAGUUCCCACCCCGCAAGAGCCCUGGAAUGAGCCCCGACCAGCCGCCCCGGGACAGCCAUGCGGGGUGGGGUGGGAAGGGCCAGCAGGGAAGGGUUCGAGGGAGGACAAAUCGCAAUGCCCCAAGAAACAUCCGCCCCGUAACAGUUGAAGGAUUUCCUGGGAACAGCUGGAAAACAGGAGGAGGAGGAGGAGGAGGCGGGUGCUAUCAGCCGCGUCAGCCAGCCCCAGGCCCUCAGCAAUUUCAGCAGCGUCAUCCAUAUCAGCAGCAGCACUCAGCAGGGAGGGAGAUGGAGGAGGUGGCUGUCGACAUGAAGGGGAUGACCAUUUCCCCGCAGCAGAACAGGGAGCAGAAGAAUAGCGGUGUCAGUCAAGACAGCCGCCGUAGCAACAAGCCGCCCCGCCAGCAGGACCCGGCAAUGGUGAUGGGGUGGCACGGGCGGGGCGGGGCUCCACCUGGCGGGGACGGGGCAUCAUCUCGUCCCAAACGUUACUCCUCGCAGCGACAGAGGUCCAUCCCAGAGCAGCCGGUGCCCCCGUACCCACCUCAGCACGGGUACAUGGAUGCCCCCGUGGACGCAGGCUACCCGGCCGGCGUUGGUGACGGCAGCGGUGGUGGCAUUGUUACGUCCAGCGGCCACAGCGUCACAGUGCCGCACACACAGCUGCCACUGGCGGGGGGCGGCCCUCACUCCUUCGUGCCCCCGGCCUUCACCACCUCACCCCCCACCUACCCCCCGGAGCCCUUCCUUGGCCGCCCCCCAGCGCCUCGCAUGUUCCCGCCCGUCACUCAGGCGCCGCACCUCUUCGGCCCUCCCGUGCCCCCCCCAGUGCCUGUGCCGCCCGUGCCGGGGCCACCUCCCGUGGCAGGGCCACCCCCCGUGGCCCCGCUUGGUGCCCCCCCUGUAGGUGCCCCGGCUGUGCCCGGACCCCCUGUCACCGGGCCGCCCUUCCUGCCCCCGGAGAACAUGAUCAACUUUGCGGCACACCCCGGCACCCUGCCUCCCACCGCACCUCACCCGCCACAGUUCCCGCCCUUCCAGGGAUACACGCCAGGCCCUGUGUCCCAGCCCGGUGAGAUCUACAGCAACGGCGUGACUUAUUACAACACCGAGAGUCAGCAGCACCUGCCGCGCGUCAACCCACCGCUACAGAAACGCCCCAAGGCUGCCAUACCCAUCGUGCCCCCGCCGGAAAGGGAACGGCGGAGGCGGGAGGCGGAGGACCAGGCCGGCGGACAGAGCGGCGGCUCUGGGGAGGGUGAAGAAGGCGGAGAAGUGGAAGAAAUGGGUGGAGAAGGAGAAGGAGGAGGAGAGUACGAGAUUGAGGAGUCGACAAGUGAAACGGAGAGUGCGCAGAACUCCCCUGAACCACCUCAGCAGCAACAACAACAACAACAACAACAACAACAACAACAGCAACCAGAGCAACCACAAUUACCACCACAAGAGCUGUCACAAGAACCACAAGAAUCUCCUCCUCAAUCACAGCAACCACAAUUACCACCCCAAGAACUGUCACAAGAACCAGAACUGUCACAAGAGCAACCGCAGCCACCAACACCACAACCAGAACCACCGGUAACCGAGAACACACAACCACAGACACAGCCACCACCACAACCAGAACCGACACCACCACCACCACCACCAGUAACCGAGAACACACAACCACAGACGCACAACCAAGAUCUGAUUCCCACACAACCAAAACAGGAAGAAAUAGAGACAGAGACAGAGACAGAGAGAUUAGUUCAGAAGGAAGAGAAGGAGGAGGAGAAGAAGGAGGAGGAGGAGGGUAAGGAAGAGGUGGGCGGAAGUAGUAAUAGUGGCAGCAAUAUUGGCAGUAGUGGUAGCUCUGAGAUAGUGCCGGCACCCCCUCAGGACACUAGCUCUGAGGGCCAGGGUAGUGCCGAGGGUAGUAGUGCCGUGCCCCAGACUGAGUGCCAGGCAGCAGAAGUGGCAGCGUCUUAAUGAUUGGCACUUAGCUAACAGAUUAAUACACACACACACACACACACACACACACAUACACACACACACACACAGACAUGCACACAUACAUACACACUACCUUAUAUAUUUCUUACAAGGAUGCUCUCUUUCCACACACACACACACACACACACACACACACACACACACAGUUACACAUGCGCACGCACACACACAAAUGCACUUAUAUUUAAUUUUUUGUGUGUUUGUCAAAUUUAUAUGCACAUCUCCAGUUAGCUCAAUAGAUACAUUAAUAAACAGAUAGAUAGAUAGAUAGCUCUCACUUUCUACCCCUAAAAAUAACAUCAAUUCUUACAUCAACAACUACUCCCUCAUAACAUGCUCUGUGGCACAGUGGAUAGCGUGUCUACCCACAAAUCCACCAGCCAGGGUUCGAAUCCCAGCUUGAGCAAAUGGUGUGUGUGCCAGCCACCCUCCCUUAGGACUGGGGAAAUAAAUGCUCAUCUGGGGUCACCUGAGGUCACAUGGGGAAGGCAAACUGGGUACUGGGUCCAGGGGUAAUGGGUUCCAACACUAUAUACUCUAUCUUUGGAAUCUCCUCUUUUCCUUUUUUUUUAAUUUCUCUUUUCUUUCUGCAUUUAAUAUCUCUCUCUCUCUCUCUCUCUCUCUCUCUCUCUCUCUCGUAUCUUUACUUUCCUCUCCCAUUCAAGGCAGCAGAUAUAGAUAGACAGAUAGAUAGAUAGACAGACAAUGCUAACUGGAGUGGUGCCAUAUUCAAAUUACAUCAAACACACCCCAAAUUAUUAUUAUUAUUAUUAUUAUUAUUAUUAUUAUUAUUAUUAUUAUUAUUAUUUGGACUCUUUAUAUAAAUGCCUUCACUAGUUUAUUUCCGUUCUGUGUUAAAAAUUCAUGUUGUAUUUUGUAUGACGGCUUUGAUCAUGAUGGUAGUUGCGGAAUAAUUAAUAUCUUACUAUUAUUAUUAUUAACUAUGAGGUAACUAUGACGAUGAUGAUGUUCAAGACGCAGGCUGGUAACAAGGAUCAUGUUUGUAU